AUAGGUGGUAAUUGUCAAAGUGACAAUCGCAGAGAAAUCCUGCAAAACAGCUGUUUGCAGAAUUACAAUAAUUUUCUCACUAAACUUUAAAUCAGUCAUCGGAAUGUGUCGUCGUUUCGCGAGACGCCGUGAAAAAAAAUACACAAAAUAUUUGUUGCCAAAUUUAGUGUAAAGCAGAGGCAUAUAAGGAAAAAUACACAAAGAUUUCAUUACAUAACUGUGAAAUAUUGUUUUCUUGUGUAAAAAAGUAGUAAAAAAUUAAAAAAUCGCAUAAAAAUUGUCGAAUUCCAAGCAAUUGAAGGUCAAGUCCGUAUUGAAAAAAGUUUGCUAUGCGUUCGCUGCUUGCUUGCGUGUGUAUGUGCAAAAGAAUACCUGAAAAAUCGUGAAAAAAAUCUAAAAAUAAACAACCGAAAAUUGCAAAAAGCUAGACUUUUUGCUGCUCCAAUCUCAUAGUUCUUUCCCCUGUAAUUGUGCAAAUUUCAAUUAAGUUUUAAUGCAUUCACUACAACAAAGCUCACCAAAAACUCUACUAAAAACACCAUCAUCUACUCCCCAAUCCCGACAAACAUCAGAAACAUUUCGCCUGCUAACUGAGCCCCAGAAGAAGGCACACCUAGAUAUACUAGCAUCGUCGACUAGGACCUUGACACCAGCAUCCCCACAUUCCAUUCAACAAGGAACAGCUGUAGCAGCAACAACGACCACGACGACGGCAGUGAAAAGAUGUCCUACACCGAAUUAGAAUCAGGUUACCAGGAUUUGCGUCAACAAUCAUCCCAACAAGCAGCUACUGCCGCAGCAGCUGCAGCUCUAUCAUCCCAAUCCCAUAUACAGUUGGCAGGCGGCGGAGGCGUAGGCAUAGCAGGCAUCGAUAGAUCUCAUCAACGUCCGGGAUUUUUCGUGGGUCAUGAUGGCAAUGGCGACACCGAUUUCUGUGAAAGUAAUGACGGCAUGGAUUCGGAUGCCAGUACUUCAUCCAACACUGGCAAACAGGUGGUCGUUGGCAUAUGUGCCAUGGCCAAAAAGACUCAAUCGAAGCCCAUGAAAGAGAUUCUUACACGUCUGCAGGAGUUCGAAUUCAUAAAAAUGGUCAUUUUCGAAGAGGAUGUUAUUUUAAAGGAACCAGUUGAAAAUUGGCCCAUUUGUGACUGCUUAGUUUCCUUCCAUUCCAAGGGAUUUCCCUUGGAAAAAGCCAUACAAUAUGCUCAAUUACGCAAACCCUAUGUUCUUAAUAACCUUCAUAUGCAAUAUGAUAUUCAAGAUCGUCGAAGAGUUUAUGCGAUUUUGGAAAAGGAAGGCAUCGAAAUACCACGCUAUGCGGUAUUAGAUCGUGAUUCACCAGACCCAAAACAACAUGAACUAAUCGAAUCUGAGGAUCAUGUUGAAGUUAACGGCAUUAUAUUCAAUAAACCAUUUGUUGAGAAACCCGUCUCGGCCGAGGAUCAUAAUAUAUACAUAUAUUAUCCAACAUCGGCUGGUGGCGGUAGUCAACGUCUGUUCAGGAAGAUUGGCAGCCGCAGCAGUGUGUAUUCGCCAGAAUCUCGUGUACGUAAAACGGGAUCAUUUAUAUAUGAAGAUUUUAUGCCCACAGAUGGUACCGAUGUCAAGGUGUACACCGUCGGCCCCGACUAUGCCCAUGCCGAGGCGCGCAAAAGUCCUGCUUUAGAUGGUAAAGUUGAGCGUGACAGCGAAGGCAAAGAGAUCAGAUAUCCGGUAAUUCUAAAUCAUGCUGAGAAACUGAUAUCGCGCAAAGUGUGCUUGGCGUUCAAACAGACUGUUUGUGGAUUCGAUCUUUUGAGGGCCAAUGGCAAAUCAUUUGUAUGUGAUGUUAAUGGGUUUAGUUUUGUGAAAAAUUCCAACAAAUAUUAUGAUGAUUGUGCCAAGAUAUUGGGCAAUAUGAUACUAAGGGAGUUAACACCAACCCUACAUAUACCCUGGUCGGUACCAUUUCAAUUAGACGAUCCACCCAUUGUGCCCACAACUUUUGGAAAAAUGAUGGAGUUACGUUGUGUUGUGGCUGUUAUACGACAUGGUGAUCGUACGCCCAAACAAAAGAUGAAAGUUGAAGUUCGUCAUCCCAAAUUCUUUGAGAUUUUCGAGAAGUAUGAUGGUUUUAAAAAUGGUCAUGUUAAAUUGAAACGACCCAAACAAUUGCAAGAGAUUUUAGACAUUGCUCGUUUCCUAUUGGCCGAAAUUGAAACCAAAGAUAAUGCGGAAAUUGAAGAGAAGAAAAGUAAAUUGGAACAGCUUAAAAGUGUAUUGGAAAUGUAUGGCCACUUUUCUGGCAUUAAUCGCAAAGUACAAAUGAAAUAUCAACCCAAAGGACGUCCAAGAGGUUCAAGUUCUGAUGACGGUAAUAGUGUUAAAAAUUUAGACGCACCGUCUGAUCCAUCACUGGUGCUGAUUCUUAAGUGGGGUGGCGAAUUAACACCCGCUGGCCGCAUACAAGCCGAAGAAUUAGGCCGCAUAUUUCGAUGCAUGUACCCUGGAGGACAAGGUCGACAAGACUAUUCGGGAACUCAAGGCUUGGGUUUGUUAAGAUUACAUUCAACUUUCCGUCAUGAUUUAAAAAUCUAUGCUUCCGAUGAGGGUAGGGUACAAAUGACAGCGGCAGCUUUUGCCAAGGGCCUAUUGGCUUUGGAGGGUGAAUUGACACCGAUUUUAGUACAAAUGGUGAAGAGUGCCAAUACCAAUGGUUUGCUGGACAAUGAUUGUGAUUCCAGCAAAUAUCAGAAUAUGGCCAAAAAUCGUUUGCAUGAACUCAUGCAGGUUGAUAGAGAAUUCACCGUGGAAGAUCGUGCCGCCAUUAAUCCCAACAAUAGUAUCUCCAUUAACCAGGCUUUGGAUUUUGUCAAAAACCCUGUUGAAUGCUGCAAUCAUGUCCAUAGUCUAAUUAAAGAAUUACUGAUUAUAAUCAGCGUUAAGAAGGAUGAUCCCAAGACCAAGGAUGCUAUUCUCUAUCAUGGUGAAACUUGGGAUUUAAUGCGUUGUCGCUGGGAGAAAAUCGAAAAAGAUUUCAGCACCAAAUCCAAGUUAUUUGACAUUUCGAAGAUUCCCGAUAUCUAUGACUGCAUCAAAUAUGAUUUGCAACACAAUCAACAUACCCUGCAAUACGAUCAAGCUGAGGAAUUGUAUAUCUAUGCCAAGUAUCUGGCAGAUAUUGUUAUACCGCAGGAAUAUGGUUUAACCAUGCAAGAGAAAUUGACCAUAGGUCAAGGUAUUUGCACUCCACUGCUCAAAAAAAUCAAAUCUGAUUUGCAACGCAACAUCGAAGAGACGGAGGAUGAGUCGGUGAAUCGUUUGAAUCCCCAGUAUAGUCAUGGUGUGGCCAGUCCUGGACGGCAUGUGCGCACACGUUUAUAUUUCACCAGCGAGAGUCAUGUCCAUUCGCUGUUGACUGUACUGAGAUAUGGAGGCCUACUGAAUGUCCUAACCGAUGAACAAUGGCGCCGAGCCAUGGACUAUAUAUCCAUGGUAUCCGAGUUGAAUUAUAUGUCACAGAUUGUCAUAAUGCUAUAUGAGGAUCCCACAAAAGAUCCCACUUCGGAGGAACGUUUUCAUGUGGAACUGCACUUCAGUCCUGGUGUUAAUUGUUGUGUACAAAAGAAUUUGCCUCCGGGCCCUGGCUUUAGGCCUCAUUCACGAAAUGAUUCGGGAACUUUGAAAACUGCGACCCAUGAUGAAUGUACCAGCAAUCCUUCACGCAUCGAUGAGGAAAAUGAUACCGAUGAGAGUCCAGUGAAAACACACCUUAUUUCGCCCGAUGGAUUCGAUUGCGAAAUACGGCAUUCCAAAUCAAAGCCCAUACCAAUUGGUUCUCACCACACUGUAGCCGGCCAUGAGGCUAUGGAUUUGGCGAAACGUUUAAAUAAGGAAUUGGCCUCACAGCAGCAACAGCAUCAAGCCAAACAGACAGGGUCAUUAGAAGCCAAUCGACCCAUAAGUCCAGACGGAGAGCCACGUUCGCGUAGUUUUGAACAGAGGUCUCAAAAAUCAAAAGAUGAUUUGGUUGCCUCACCACCGCUAACGCCAUCGCAGCCGCCAGCACAAAUACCCACACCUAAUAUUAUAGUCUCCCAUAACGAUAGAGAGUUUCGAGAGAUUCUAACAUCCCGGCCUACUAAUCCCUCACAGUCGUAUUUUCAAAUACGCGUAACGGACAGUUUGACUUUCUUUAAAAUCGAUUCGUCCACCAAUGAGUUGCCAUUGUCGGAAAUUGAUUUCUCCUUGACCCCGGGCACUCCAGAUGGCCAUCAUAUGUGUACGGCCCAUAAGGCCCAAUCGCCCGGCAGCAAUUUGCAAAAGAAACAGGCUCAAUUACUAACCAUGCGACGCAUGGAAAGCGGUGAUGAGGGGGAGUUCAUUCACAUACUGAAAGACAUACGGCGUAUUUCUCCCCUGGCCACCAAUGAAAGACCCCUAACUUGCAAUUGUUCUGGGCAUUUUCCCACAAAUAAUGAGGAGAUGGUUCAACCACAUUCUCAUUCCAAAAGUGAAACGGAUCUCAGUGAUAUGAGUUCUAUGAUGGCGCCUUUAACCUCUAAGGUCUCUAGUCCACCUAUGAAUAUAGGUGCCACAGCGGGUAACAUCUCGCCCUAUAGAGCCAUUUCAUUUGAUGAAAAUGACGAAGACGAGCUCGAAGGAGAAGAAGAAGAUUUGCAAAUAUCCUCUUCGGCUCCAGCUUCACUCUUAAGUGGAGAGUUCCUAAUGUCUUCUAGACCGAGCACAACAUCUCACAAUAUGAGUGGCUUUGGUUUGAGACCUCCUUCGCCCACAAAUUCACCCACAGCCUCAACAUUGCGAUUGUGCCAGGCUAUGGAGGAGCAACAAAAACCUGUAACACAACGUACUGAGAACAAGCAUGCCUUAAGUAAACCCGUAGACAUUAGAAAAAAGGUCACUUUACCUUCAUCGCAAUCGGCACCAGUUAUAGCUGAUUUCACUUCUAGUCCCUUUCGAUUUCCAGCACUUAGUUUUAAUCAAUUUGACCCUAUUGCUGAAAAUGCAGCCACUAAUGCAAACAGCAGCACUAAUGACACAGUUAACCCAAUACAACAACACAAUGCCGAAGCUGAUAUGAAUACAACAAUACCCUUUUCCCCCGAUAACACAAAUCGCGAUUACUUUCCCCUAUAUCAUCACCAUCUUCAUCAUCACUAUCAUCCUCAUCAUUAUCAUCACCAUAAUCAUCAUCAUCAUUCACAUCAUCAUCAUCACCAUCAUGACCUUACCCAUAUUCAUAGCCAUCGAUAUCAUUCGCCUCAUCUGCACCGCUCAUCUUCGCCUUCUCCUUAUUCAUCUUCACCUAAAUUUCCCAGUGUUGUUGUUAUAACUUCAACUAAUUCAUCCUCUGAAGAUAAUUUAGAUGAUUUGCUUUAUAAUGAUGAUGAUGAUGAUAAUGAUACUUCUCCCAAUAAUACCUCUACUACUACUACUACUACUACCACAAUCAAUGCAAAUACUAAUGAUGAUGAUGAAUUUAUUUCAUAUAUCCCCCAUGCAAUAACCAACUCCUCUAAUAUGUCCCUCACCUCUGCCACUACCAACGCCACUAAUACUGAUACAACUACGCCCAAUACUAAAACCUAUCACACAUACACUACUGCCACCAAUGUCCCCCCUACAAAAUCACACUCUUCUAUUGUGAUCCAUAACAACAACACAAAUCGCUCAAAUAAUAAACCCCCUGUCAUGUCCUCCACCAUUAUCAACAACCCUAUUACUGAUACCACUACAGAUAAUACUGUCACAUCGACAUCGUCUUCGUCAUCCGUAUCGUCGAGACGCCAACGACACAGUAUUGCUGGCCAGAUGUCUUAUAUGAAAAUGUUGGGAUUCGGUGGUUUUAGUAAAAAGAUGACCACAAGCACCAAUAGUCUAUUCAGUACAGCGGUUAUUAGCGGCAGUUCGUCGGCUCCUAAUUUAAGGGAUAUGAUACCGGUAUCAUCAUCAGUCUUCCCCCUAACAGUUCUGGAUGGGUUUGGUGGCGUACCGCCCAUACGCCCCCUAGAGACAUUGCACAAUGCUUUAUCGCUCAAACAACUCGAUCACUUCCUAGAGAGAAUGACAUCGGCACCAUUGUUUAAGACGCCUACAUGUACGCCACCUAAAAAUCCCUCGACGCCCCUAUCGAUGAUGACAACCAUAACGGAUGAGGAGGCAUGUGCUGCUGCCGCAGCCACGGUUAGUACGCCUACCAAUAAUAUAUGUCGCUGCAACGAUAAUAGCAUACUAAACGAAAGGAAUCCUGAGAGAUGUGCUUUGUGUGGCCGUCGAAUACAUCCUGCGGCACCUGAUGCCGAAUCCACACCAGUUGCUGCCGCCGCUGCUGCUCCAAACGAUCAACAGCUACAACGUCAACAGACGAACAACAAUAGUCUUUCGAAUACGGCAGCUGGAGCCAGUUUGUGGAGUAAACAAUCGAGUAUUGCUAGUAGUAUCACGGAACCAUCAUCACCGGCUAUUUCGGAUACCUACUCACAGGAGACACCUAGCUGUGAGAUGUCCAUUAGUUUAACCAGCAACGAGGGUGGCACUUAUAGUCUGCCACCUUCAUCGGCAACGGCAGCAAAAUUGGCUCGUUUCUUUCCACGCCUGGAUGGUGAUUUAAAUACCGUCAGUGUUUAUACGCCCAUGAAUUUAGAUAGUUUGGAUAGCACUGAUACUGAAUUCAAUAUGGGAGCUAUUGGUGGUGGAGGCGGUGGUGGAAAAAGUGCUUGUCUUACACCGGUCAGUUUUAAUAUGGACUUAAGCAUUGUGGCCAAUAAGGGAUCGUUAACCUUGUCAGUGGAUGGAUUUGAGGAAGAUGAAGAUGCUACACCUUCAGCUGCUACCACACCAUCAUUGCCCCUGGAUGAGCCUCACAUGGAACUAUGCUAUUGUUGUGAGGGUCAUGCUGCUUCUGAUCAACCGCCCGAUGAUGAUGACCAACAAUCACAUGAACUCUUCAAUAGCAUGCGCAACAAACGUCUCGAUGAUAAUGAACCCAAGCAUCCGUGUCUUUGUCACAUAGAAGAGCCACCCUCAAGUGCAGAAUUUUCAAAUGCCGAUAAACCAGUAUUCAGCAUACGCAAAGCUUCCGAUACCAUCUCUCCAAAAAUACAAAAACAAAUCAGCCUCUUCGAAAGUGGUGAUAUAGAGCGACAAAAGGAUUAUGCCGCCCUACAUGCAUCAAUUAACAUUCCACAGCCCAAUAGUUUACAACUUCGACAAGAUGCUCGUCUAAGAAAGUUUGAAAAUUUAACCCAAUCGACUUCCAAUUCUAAUUUCCCCUUUGAAAGCAAUACCCUGAAGAGAGUCCCCAAUAAUGUGGAAGAUUUUGUCGAUGUAAAUCUAACGCAAUCCUGUAUAAAUUUUAAAUCCUCUGGUGUGGCGGCCUCCGAUCCACCCUCAACCAAUAGUUCUCCGCAGCACAAGCCAUCCGGCGUGGCGGCUUAUCGUGCCGUCACUCUACCCUCGGAAUGUAGUGGUACGGCCAGUGGUCCUGCUAGUCCUCGGCCGGGUGCUUUAAUUGUUAAAGAGAAAUUCAUUGAGCCUCCAAAGCGUAUAACUCGCAGUUUCCAUGGCAAAACUCAAUCCAUGGAUGCGGACUUUCUAUUCAAUGAAUUUCUCCUAGUUCCCGCUCAAGCUCCAGCAGCCCAAAAUUCGUCAAGCAGUGAGGCUGGCAGUGCCUCAACGUCUCCCUCGAAUCGUCCAAAUAAACGUUUUACCACAACUAAAGUUAUGGAUGAGUCUUUGGAAGAUGUAGAUAAAGUUUAAAUAAAAAAUUAUCCUAAUAUUGAAAUUAAAUUUUGAAAAUCUAAUGUUAUGGUAAAAGAAACUAUUAAAUAAAAUUAUAUUUGAGGAAUUAGAAAA